AUGGGGAGCCGUGGGCAGGUUUUGAAGCUUUUCAAGUUGUUACACAGAACACGGCAAGAAGUUUUUAAAAAUGAUACCAAAGCACUUGAAGCUGCAAGACAAAAGAUAAAUGAAGAAUUCAGAAAUAAUCGAGAUGAGACAUCUGAAGAGAAGAUUAAUGAGCUUCUGAAAAUAGCUUCAGAUGUUGAAGUGAUUCUCAGAACUUCUGUUAUUCAGGCGGUUCACACAGAUUCUGACAAAAUAGUACUCAUACCCAGGAAAGAUCUGCUACAGGACAACACUCCUUACUUAGAUAAACCAACGAAAAAGCAAGAAUCCUGAGGAAAUACUGUUACCAGGAAAAAAGAGACUGAAAUCAACUCACUGAUUUUAUUGAGUGCUGGGAUAUCAUCAUGCCCUUGUUCUGUGGAAGAUACUAAUACUUUCACAGAACUUAGAAGUACACUGCUGAAUUGUGUUAUCAGCCUGGAAUGUUUCUAUGACAGCUAUCAGACAGAGAUUUUUUCCCAGCAGUCCAGAGUUUUUCAAAGCUAUAUAAAAAUUAAAUGGAGUACUUAAUAAUGGUAAUACUUAUUUUUAAGUUGUCAAUCAUAAGCUUUUUUGAAGUAAUGAAAAUUCAUCUUGUGGCAUUUAAUGUUAAAUUUAUACUUUGCACCAAAAGCAUGAUUUCUGAAGUUUGUCAUUAAUUAUACACUUGUACACUGUGAUGCUUGAGGGAGUUCUUAAAGGUUUAUCUGAAUAAAUUAUUUGUGUUUUACAGAUGG